GCACGGGAACCCACACGGUGUCGGACGCUAGUCGCUAGUAGCUCGCUAGCCAACACGCCACCGACGCUCUCCGAUGGCGUCCCCUGCUCGCCACCUCUUCCUCAUCACCUUAGUGGCCGUGCUCGCCGUCGCGGCGGAGGCGUGGGGCGGUGGCCGCUUCUUCUUCAGCAAGACCACGCGCGCCGAAGCCGCCGUCGAGCCUGAGAAGGCUGCGGCGGCGGCGGCCAGCGGCACCGCGCCGGGCGCGGCGGACCCGAAUGCGGCGCCGGCGUUCUCCCGCCCGUCGACCGGCGGCAGCGGCCGCGGGUACGGGCUCUACGGCCGCCCCGAGGAGAACUACCCGCCGGGCUACUUCCGCCGCGGCGUGCACCGCAACGCCGAGAAGCUGACGACGACCGACGUGCCGGCCGCCGCCGGUGCCGGGAGAGAGGCGGUCCCCGUGGGCGGCGAGCGCGCCCAGGAGUACGCGGCAGACGGCAGCGGCAGGGGCCGGCCGCGGACCACCGUGCCGGCCACCACCACUUCCGACGCCGAGGAGGAGGCGGCCCCCGCGGGAGGCGCCGGAGGAGACCUCGAGGGCGUCCAGCCGUACCCGGAGGACGGCAGCGGCCGGGGCCGGCCGCCGUGGUACUACACGGCCUUCCGCGGCGGCAGGCAGCAGCGGGGCUACGGGAUGAGCGACACGCGGCUGUACCAGAACGGCCGCUACUACUACGACGUGGACGCCGGCAGGUACGGCUACGGCCGCGAGUCGAACCCCGUGCGGACCCGGCCCGAGGAGGAGUACCCCGGCUCCGGGUACGGCCGGCCCGCCGGCGGCGACAGGCGCGGGAGGUACGGCAACAACGCGGCGGCGGGUUACCGGCGGUACGGCGGCAACGACGACGAGUUCGGCAACGGAGCCAUGGAUCAGAACUCGAACGGCAACGGCUUCCAGGAGGAGGAAGGCCGCCAGAACGGACGAUACAUUCCAUGAAAGGAAAACUGAAGCGUUUGUAAAUGAUGAGUUGUCACGUGUGUUGCUGCUACUACUGGUAGUGAUCGUAUCGUGUGCUCCAUCGCAGAGUAAUCUCGCGUGGGCUAGCUGCGAGUACUCGAAGAGCUAGCUGCGCUGCUCCUUUCUGUCCACGACUACACGCAGUUCGUUCCUCGUUGGUGACGCAACCAAUGAAUGAAUAAGUUGUGUGUGUACAAUGAGACGUACGUGUACUGUGUAUUGCAGAUCAAAAUGCUAUCAGCCUUAUUAUUUCAUCA